AUUUGUGUGCACGUGUAUAUUCCUGUAUAUAUGUGGAUCCGCAGUUUUUUGACUUUGGAUGUUUUUCAACAAUAUAUUAUUUUAUGGAAGCAGCGAUCCAAUGCUUUGAAUUUCGUGUGAAAACUGUUGAUGGGUCGUUGCAAUUAUUUGAUGGUACUGAUGGGUUUUUCUUUGAAUCUACCCUUUUGACAGAUUUGCGGACAAGAAAGUUUCAUAAAAGUUGAGAGGAUUCAGCUGUUAAGAUUCUUGAGAGAGAGGGAGGGUUUAUGGGUGGUGGUUCAAAGAUGGAGGGGCCAUCGGGCCUGGUUGUUCGGAGAGACCCAUAUGAAGUGUUGUGUGUGUCUAGGGAUUCUUCUGAUCAGGAGAUUAAAACUGCUUAUAGAAAGCUUGCUCUCAAAUAUCAUCCCGACAAGAAUGCUAACAAUCCUGAAGCGUCAGAACUUUUCAAGGAGGUUGCGUAUUCUUAUAACAUUUUAUCCGACCCGGAGAAAAGAAGGCAAUAUGAUAAUGCAGGGUUUGAGGCUCUUGAUGCUGAGGGCAUGGAUAUGGAAAUUGAUUUAUCCAACCUUGGAACCGUUAAUACAAUGUUUGCUGCAUUAUUCAGCAAGCUGGGUGUUCCGAUCAAGACUACCAUUUCUGCUAGUGUACUUGAAGAAGCUUUGAAUGGAACUGUCACAGUCAGACCUCUUCCUAUUGGAACAUCAGUCAGUGGAAAGGUAGAAAAGCAAUGCGCCCACUUCUUUGGGGUGACUAUUAGUGAGGAACAAGCUGAGGCAGGAGUUGUAGUCAGAGUUACAUCAGCUGUGCAAAGCAAAUUUAAGCUACUUUAUUUUGAACAAGAUGCAAAUGGAGGCUAUGGUAUGGCAUUACAGGAAGAUAGUGAGAAGACUGGCAAGGUGACAUCUGCAGGAAUGUAUUUCUUGCAUUUUCAAGUUUACAGAAUGGAUUCAACUGUAAAUGCGUUAGCAAUGGCCAAAGAUCCUGAAGCUGCUUUCUUUAAGAGGUUGGAAGGCCUUCAACCUUGUGAGGUCUCAGAAUUAAAAGCUGGCACUCACAUAUUCGCUGUUUAUGGAGAUAAUUUCUUUAAAACUGCUUCUUAUACAAUUGAGGCUCUGUGUACAAAGUCAUAUGAGGAUACAACUCAUAAGCUUAAGGAUAUUGAAGGUCAGAUUCUAAGGAAGAGAAAUGAGCUACGCCAAUUUGAGACAGAAUACAGAAAGGCGUUGGCACGUUUCCAAGAGGUGACCAGCAGAUACACUCAGGAAAAGCAGUCUGUUGAUGAGCUGUUAAAAGAGAGAGAUAGCAUCCAUUCUUCAUUCACUGUCACAAGGUCUGUUAUUAGUACCAGUGGCAGCGGUCAUUUUAGUAAUGGGGGUAGCAGCAAAGUUCCUGGUGAAGAUUUUAAAGCUGAGAGCCCAGGGGAAGAUGGUAGCUCAGAUGGUAAGGAUAAAUCUAACAAGAAGAAAUGGUUCAACCUCAACCUCAAAGGAUCUGAUAAAAAGGCAAGUUGAAAGGGUGUGGUUAGUAAUCGUGUCUUGUUUGAAAGGUUUGAAAUCUCCCGCCUCGCAUUCACGCACUUGGGCUUCCGGUUUGCUGCCUGCAGAAGGCUCACCCUGUAUCCCUUGUUCAAUUCACAUCUCUUCUUGGUUGUUCUCCCCAAGGUGGUGGUUCUCUAUGGCUUGUUAUGAUUAAUUUCUCCGAAUUGUUGAAAAAUAUGAAGGUUUUUGUAUCUAUUUUUUUGGAAUUUUGUACUAUAGCUGAACUGAGAUCCUUUGUCUCCAUAGUUGAUAAGGCUGGUAGAAUGUAGGAGAUGAAGAACUGUAAUGAAAUAUUCAUUGGUUGUGUUGUAUAAAAG